AUGUCUUCCAACGUCGGUCUUUCUACGCCUCGAGGUAGUGGUACCUCUGGUUAUGUGCAGCGCAAUCUUGCGCAUUUGAAACCUCGCGAUUAUGGGAAGCCUUACUCCACCGACCUGGAUAGUCUUAAGCAUCGCCAGCGACAACCGGACAAGGAGAUCCUAGAGCACGACCGAAAGCGCGAAGUGGAGGUCAAGGUCUUUGAGUUGAGAGACAAACUUGAAGAUGAGGGUGUCGACGAGGAGGAGAUCGAGACUCAAACUGAGGCCUUGAGAAGGAAAUUACUGAAGGAAAGUGAAAGAGGAACUGGACCGAACAAAAAAGGCCUGAAGAUGCAUCAAGUUCAUGAAUUGGCAGAGGCCAAAAUCAAGCAAGACGAUAGGUUCAGAAGUGCGUUGGGGAUUAGCAAGGACUACGAGGAGGGAAGCCACUGGAAGAAACAAGAGGAAAGAUUGAAGGCCGCAGCGGAGAAG